AUGAUUCAAUAAGAGUAAUUCACAGACGAAUAAAUCUAACAAUAUGAUUAAUUAGCUGAUUGUACAUUUCUUAUUAUAUUUUCUAGAGCUCAAUCAGUAUAAAAUUUAUUAUUAAUAUAUUUCAUCUAUAAUUCUAAUAAAUUCUACCUCUCACUCCUGAAAAUAUAUUGGAACCUCAUAGUGACAAUAAUGAUUUCAAAGCGAGUGGAUUUAAUAUCUAAAGAGGAGAAGGUAUUUUACUAUAUAAAAUUGAUUAAAUUAUGGAGGUUAUUAAUUGAGUAGAAAAUGCUAAACAAUUUGAUGAAUUAUGUGAAAAAGUAUUCAUUCACACUUCUAUUAAUUAAGGCUUAACUAAUAUCAAAAAUAAGAGAUGACUAAUUAAUCUUCUAUUAAAGAUUCUAGGAUUUUUUUAUAGUGGUUUCAGGAAGAGAUUUUGUCAUUCUCUAAAAAGAGACACAGAUAUGGAAAUAAAUUAUGGAUGAUAGGUAAAUCUAUUGGAUUAACAUCAAAACCAACUGUUAAGGGAAAAGUUUGAGUUGAAUUAAAGUUAGGAGGUUGGCUAUUAGAAAAAAAGAAGGAGUAAUUAUUAAACUAAGUGUAAGUGAACAUAAGUUAUUUAUAUGAUCUAAAAGGUAAUUUGACAUCAAAGGCUGUUGAUUUUGCAGCUAGUGUUCGAGAUUAAGUUAUAGAAAGGCUAAAAAUUUAUGGAUUAAAUAAAAGAAUGGAAAAAAAUGAUAAAUUUCAUUAAUACAUGUUAUAUUUAAAAUUAUUAUAUUUAUCAAUUUAUUAAUGA